AUGCAACUUGGCAACACGCCUCUCCCCAAUGCUCCAGCUGGCGGCGUUGCUGGGUCGUCAACUGGACCCACUUAUGACUACCUUCCUCCAAAUGCUCAUGCAGGUGGUGCCACAGCCGCGGCACCACCUACCUCCCCCUUUUGUCAUACUCCCCCUGCUCCUGGAGGCAGUGGUGGUAGCCCUUCGCAAUGGAACUAUGUGCCACCGCCCCCAAGCACUCACACCAACAGUUCUGCCAGGUCCCCUGUUUUUCGUUACCCACCACUUCCCUCCGGUGCUACAUCUCACGACGGUACUUACUCUCCCAUCGCUCAUUCCCCUACUGAUGAUUAUAAUUUUGACGGUAUCUACGAUGACAACCCUCUUGCGGGUGAGAUGGAGGAUCUUAAUAUGGAUUCCCCGGAUGAAAUUACUCACAAUGACAGCAACACUAUCAGCCUGGACAGCCCGCCAAGACACAGGGCUGGGAAGAAGUGCCAGGAGCCCCCUUCCCCCCCCUCCCCUACUACUACCUCUCAUAUGCAACAGGUGCCCCCCCGCACUUCCGUCCAGCAUGAUCGCGCUACAUUCAAGUCACAUGUUAGCCAGGUGAUGAUGCGUGAAAAGAGUAAAUUGGGCUCUAUGGCAUCAUCAGGGUCAUGCUCGUCGUCGCACUCUCGAAAGCCAUCAUCAUCUCAUGAGCCGUCAUUGCAACAGUCCUCCCCAACAGCGCAAACAUCUGUCUCGAUGACACCAGCAAGUUCAGUCUCCAAACGUCUCCGGACGGAGAUUCGCGAGCAAAUGGAUGCACUCAAUGACGACCUGGAAAGUAUUCACUCUGACAAGCUAACCUUAUAUCAGCUGAAGAACGAGCGCCUUAUGGUGAAGCUCAAUGCUAGUCGCCAGGACAAGGAGCAUCGUCUGAUGCAUGAGGAGCGUAUGGAUGAGCACGCAGAUGCUGCCAUAGUCCAUCAGCGCAUGAAGGAGGCUAAAGAGGUAGAUAUUCGCCUACAUGAAGCGGAUGCUGCCGCUUUUGCCUCAGAAGCAGAUGUUGUUACGACGUGUGUCGCGUGCGGACUGGGAUGA